AAUUGACCAACUCUUGGGAAGGGUAGGUUGUUUGUUUGGAAGUUGCUUUUGGGUCAUUUCUCGAUGUCGCUAUUGUCGUUCACGCAAAGUUAUGGGCCGACCUAUAGAAGUAAGGGAAACUGUGUUGGUAGUCGUUUCAACGGCUUAGUUUUUCGUGGACAUUUCUUGGCGGCUGACGUGUUGUUCUUCUCCGGCCAGUUGCGUAAUCAACCUCCCCUUCGAUUUCGUGAGCUCCGCCGCCCGAAACCUCAAAAAUUUGUUUGUUCUCAUUUUUCAAGAGCUGAAAGUGGCUCGGAAGCAUCUUCAGUAUCCUGGAACGACGAGAAGAAAAAUUGUCCACAAGAGGGACAGAUCUCCACCACAAAUCAUGUGACUUCUAGUCCUGAAACGGAUCAACUUGGACGCGUUGCUUCGGAGAAAUUGACGUGGCUUUGGAGGUGGAGAGUGUUUCACGGCAUUUUUGUCUCAUACUUGGCCUAUACUAUCUGUCGGUCAACUUUUACCUUUGUUGCUCCACUUUUGCUACAGGCAGGAAUGCUUGAGCUGGAGCACGUAGGACUUGUGACCUCCUCCUUCCCUCUCUUUUAUGGUAUCUCUAAGCUUCUGGGUGGCUUGGUUGUGGAUAAUUUCUCUCCCAGGAGAAUUUUGGGUUCGGGUCUUUCUCUCGCGGGCUUGACGAACGUUGGUUUGGGUUUAUCUGAUGGUUAUCGAUGGUUUGCUUUUUGGUGGGGUGCAAAUGGAAUAGCACAGGGCUGUGGAGCUGGAGCUUGUGCCCGAAUUCUUACCGCAUGGUUCAAGAGUUCGGAGCGAGGCUUUUGGUGGGCACUUUGGUCGUGUUCUGCUAAUGUAGGUGGCGUUUUAGCACCGAUUGUUUCAGGUUCACUUGCACGCAGAACGACCUGGAGAAUAGGCAUGAUAGCUCCAGGAAUAUCGUCAUUGAUUGCGGGAGUAAUCUUCUCACUGCUUAUUCGUGACACACCUAAAGAAGCUGGUCUCUCAGUUGAUGUGCAAAGUGACACGAAACAGAGAGGAAAUACAACAAACUCAGGGAAGAGCUUCAAUUCAUCAUUUGAGUAUUUAGAAACUUUUGUGACGGGAGUUUUGAAGAAUCGAACACUGUGGCUCUUAGCGCUAUCAUAUUUUUUCGUAUACUUUGUGAAAACCAGUAUUCGGUCAUUUUUUCAUAUUUAUUUAAUGCAACAGAAAGGAUGCCACGCAACAGACGCAGCUUACAGAGUAAGUGGAAUGGAUAUUGGCGGGUUAGCCGGAACAUUCAUCAGUGGUAUCCUGUCUGAUCGCUUGGAAGGACAUCGUGUGCCUGUCGUUAUAUUAUUUUUAAUAGGAUUGGUUGUUACCCUUCUGUUAGUGUCUUUGCUGUCAUCGAUGGCAGUGAACCAUGUUUGGUUGGAUUUUCUUUUUGUUGUUUUAUUCGGAUUUUUUCUCAGCGGUCCCACGUGUCUCAUUGGUCUUAUUGGUGCUGAACAGAGUGAUCGACGAACCGUUGCUACAGCCACAGGUCUAUUGGGUUACAUCAGCUACUUGGGAGCUGCAAUGGCAGGUUUCCCGGUGACUUUAGCAGUUCGGACGUUUGGUUGGAUCUCGUAUUUUUUAAUGAUGAUAUUUUCUUCUUUCUUGUCCGUUGCCUUUUUAUUACCGUUAUCAAAGGCUAAAUCAAAACGGAGUCGAGCAUAUUGUGGAGAGCAACAAAAUGAUGAAAGUCUCUACGAAAUUGAUGGCACUGUUAGUUAAAAGUAUUAGUCAGAUGCUUCGUAUUAUCGAAAACGAAGGAAUGCACCACAAAUAUUUUCUUUCUGCGUCUGUAUCAAAUGAAUUUUGGUAUACCGCAAUGCUGCAGUUGUUUUUUCGAGAAAAUGCUAUGUUACUUUGCAUACCUUGUACUGUCAAGAUAUAUUUUAUAUAGGUUUCAAAAUAUCAACAGGUUUAAAAUUCAUUGGUUUGUAUCGAUGAGCGGGUAUCGUAUAUGAAUAUUUGAAUGAGAUUUUGAACUAGUUUGAGUUUAUACCACGAAAUUCUUUUUUAUCACGUCAUUUGAACUCAAUUUCAGUCUACAAUUUUUUUAUACGUUGAUGGGACUAAUAUCACUAUGUUGAAAAAUACAUUGCAAAGUAUACAUGUACUUUUCAUUUUUUUGGACAACGUAGUUAGUCAUCGUUGUCUCGAAAUUUCAACAGGAAGGAAGAAUUAUGGUUUUAUUGUAAUAAACUUAUGUCUACGAUAAUAUCUUUAAUUUUGAGGAUAACGCAAUAAUAUCUUGUCUCAUAGUUACAUCGUAUUUUCUACUUGGGACUAACGUCGUUGCAGCAUUUCUCGCAAUUGUUUCUUAAACUAGAUCUAUCAUAUUCGCUACUGUCAGAAUAAAGUGUUUUUAAGAACU